AACCUGCCCACUGAGUCCUGUCCUGCUUCAUUAACUUUUGUCUCUCUCUCUCUCCGAAUCCUUGCCCGCUAUCUCCCCCAAAAUGCCCCCCUCUUCAUCCCUUCCUUAAAUAAACCCUAAAAAUCCCCGCAAAAAUCAACGAAAAUAACCUCUUCUUUAAUCCCCGAUUAUGCUCAAAUUAGGGUUUUCUCUCCCCCUCUCCUUCGUCUCCUCCAAAACCCUAGAUCCCCAGCCCCCAAUCCCGGUUCUCCUCCCUUCAAAAUCCAAAUGUUCCACAAGAAAGAGGGGAGGCGUGCGAUUAGGGUUUGGGAGUCCUAGGGCGGUGCUGAGCUCGGAGAGAGCAGUGGAGGGGGAUCAGGGUGAGGGGAAAGGGGGAGGGGAGGAGUACGACGCAAUUGUGAUUGGAUCGGGGAUGGGCGGAUUGGUGGCGGCGACUCAGCUUGCAGUGAAGGGAGCUAGGGUUUUAGUCCUUGAGAAGUACUUGAUUCCUGGCGGGAGCUCGGGGUUUUAUGAGAGAGAUGGGUAUACUUUUGAUGUUGGAUCUUCGGUGAUGUUCGGGUUCAGUGAUAAGGGUAACUUAAACUUAAUUACCCAAGCAUUAGCAGCAGUUGGGUGUAGGAUGGAGGUGGUACCUGAUCCUACAACUGUCCACUUCCACCUUCCAGGAGGUCUCUCUGUUCGUGUUCAUAGGGACUACAAUGAGUUCAUUACAGAACUUAUUGACAAGUUCCCUCAUGAGAAAGAUGGGAUCAACAAAUUUUACAGUGAGUGUUGGAAGAUCUUCAACGCUUUGAAUUCAUUGGAGCUGAAGUCACUGGAGGAGCCAAUAUACCUAUUUGGGCAGUUCUUUAAGAAGCCAUUGGAAUGCCUGACUCUUGCUUAUUAUCUGCCACAGAAUGCUGGGGAUAUUGCUCGAAAGUUUAUAAAAGACCCUCAGUUGUUGUCUUUCAUAGAUGCUGAGUGUUUCAUUGUGAGUACAGUUAACGCUCUACAAACACCAAUGAUCAACGCAAGCAUGGUUUUAUGUGAUAGACAUUUUGGAGGGAUCAAUUAUCCAGUUGGUGGUGUUGGUGAAAUUGCGAAGUCUUUAGCCAAAGGCCUUGUAGAUAAGGGCAGUAAAAUACUAUACAAAGCAAACGUGAAAAAUAUCAUACUUGAGAGUGGAAAAGCUGUUGGAGUUAAGCUUGCAGAUGGGAGGGAGUUUUACUCCAAAACAGUUAUAUCAAAUGCAACUAGAUGGGAUACCUUUGGAAAGCUUGUGAAAGUUGAAGAACUUCCAGAGGAGGAGAAAAAUUUUCAAAGGAUUUAUAUCAAGGCUCCAUCAUUCCUUUCCAUACACAUGGGAGUCAAAGCAUCAGUUUUGCCUCCUGAUACAGAUUGUCAUCAUUUCAUUCUCGAGGAUGACUGGAGUAGGUUGGAGAUGCCUUAUGGAAGCAUUUUUUUAAGUAUUCCAACUGUACUUGAUUCAUCAUUAGCUCCAGAUGGACAUCAUAUUCUUCAUAUAUUUACAACAUCAAGCAUAGAAGACUGGAAGGGACUCUCUCAAAAGGACUAUGAAGAAAAAAAGGAGCUCGUGGCUGAUGAAAUUAUAAGGAGGCUUGAAAAUAAACUAUUUGCUGGACUUAAGGGUUCCGUAGUGUUUAAAGAGGUGGGUACACCGAAAACUCACAGGAGAUUUCUUGCGAGAAAUGAUGGUACCUAUGGUCCAAUGCCAAGGAAGAUACCAAAAGGUUUACUUGGCAUGCCCUUCAAUACGACAGCUAUAGAUGGUCUCUACUGUGUUGGGGAUAGCUGUUUUCCUGGUCAAGGAGUUAUAGCUGUUGCCUUUUCUGGAAUCAUGUGCGCACAUAGAGUUGCAGCAGACCUAGGAUUUGAAAAGAAAUCCCCAGUAUUGGAUGCUGCACUUCUUCGGUUGCUUGGGUGGUUUAGGACAAUGGCAUGAGAACUUUUAGUGUUCCAGGGGUGACUGCUAACUCCACAGGCUAAAGCUGCACAUUCAGUUUGAUGCUUUCGGAUAUGGGCUGAUCAUUGAAGAUGGUAACUUUGGAUAACUGAGGCCGUUGAUAUGCAUGAUAAUACCUGAAGCAGGAGGUACUUUUGUGGUUUUGGGAUAUAAGUUAUAACUACCGGAAUUUAGAUAUCAUCCUGUGUAACUAGAACCUCAGCAGUUUAAUUUAUAAAUUACUGCUCAUUGUGUAUAACUAGAAAUUCAGCAAUUUAAUUUAUAAAACACUGUUGUAUUGGAUUUUAGUAGAAAAUCAAUUUUAUACAAAGAAAAUUUACACAUUUA